ACCACAACACACACACACACAAUGUCCUCAUUACAACAAUUGGUGGAAGAGAUUUUCCCAGCACAGACUAACCAUGACCAAGGCACGGAACCGAUAAGGGGUGCAGUGCUCAUAGAUACCAGCGGCUACUCGUUAUCGCAUUACGGGGUCUGUGGUAAUGAAGACGCUGCCGUUUUGUUCAAGCUCUCCAAAGAUGUUUUGAGCACAGAGGGGUACGGCGUGGUGGAUUAUAGAGAGUGCAAGGUGUAUAUUUACAAGAAUGAGAAGGAUGGCAGUUUGCUAGCCGUUUUUGCGUGAGGAAUCACCUGGAGACUGAAUGAUCAACAAUUUAGGAUUCUGAAGGAUCUGAAUACUUUAAGUGAUCUGCAGUUCUGACGGUCAGGGCUCUUGGAUGGCUGGAUUCUCCAUGAGGGUUAUGAAUGGCACAAGGUGUACCCAGGGGGCUACCUGGUGAUGGACUGCCACCCAUCGCAGUGAAUUCUUCAGUUCGCACUGUGAGAUAUAGAUUAUCUCGCCUUUUUAUAGGUUUAUGAUUUAAUAGAAAAUAAGGGAAACCGAAGUAAGAGAGGUAAAGUUUCUUG